AUGAAAAUGCUUUGGAAAUUAACUGAUAACAUUAAAUAUGAAGAUUGCGAGGACCGCCAUGACGGCACCAGCAAUGGGACAGCCAGGCUACCUCAGCUGGGCGGCGUGGGCCAGAGUCCCUACACGAGCGCCCCUCCGCUCUCCCACACACCGAACUCGGACUUCCAGCCCCCGUACUUCCCCCCGCCCUAUCAGCCCAUCUAUCCGCAGUCUCAGGACCCUUACUCGCACGUCAACGACCCGUACUCCCUCAACUCCCUGCACGCCCAACCGCAGCCGCAGCACCCGGGCUGGCCGGGCCAGAGACAGGGUCAGGACAGCGGCCUGCUGCACCAGCACCGCAGCCUGCCCCACCAGCUGUGCCGGGAGUACCGCAGGGAGGUGCUCCUACCGUCCGGCCACGGCCUUGACACGGGACUGUCGGACUCUAUCCCUAUCCAUGGAAUACCUCACUCUUUAGAAGAUGUUCAGUCUGUUGAGGAUCAAGGAAUUCACGUCCCCGACCAGACUGUAAUUAAAAAAGGUCCAGUGUCUUUAUCCAAGAACAACAACGUCUCCGCCAUCCCCAUAAAUAAGGACGGUCUUUUUGGAGGGGUGGUAAACCCCAACGAGGUGUUCUGCUCAGUUCCGGGUCGCCUGUCCCUGCUCAGCUCCACAUCAAAGUACAAGGUCACUGUGGCGGAGGUGCAGAGACGCCUCUCGCCGCCCGAGUGCCUCAACGCUUCUCUGCUGGGCGGGGUGCUGAGGAGGGCCAAAUCUAAGAACGGAGGAAGAUCCUUAAGGGAGAAGUUGGAUAAAAUCGGCUUGAAUCUACCUGCGGGCAGACGCAAGGCAGCCAACGUCACCUUGCUGACGUCACUAGUGGAAGGCGAAGCGGUACAUCUUGCCAGGGAUUUUGGUUAUGUAUGCGAGACCGAGUUUCCAGCCAAGGCAGUAGCUGAAUAUGUAAACCGUCAGCAUUCCGACCCAAACGAACAAGUCCAAAGAAAAAACAUGCUAUUGGCCACGAAGCAAGUCUGCAAAGAGUUCACAGAUCUUCUGUCCCAGGACCGCUCGCCGCUGGGAAACUCACGGCCGCAGCCCAUUCUUGAACCGGGAAUCCAGAGCUGUUUGACCCACUUCAGUCUAAUCUCGCAUGGUUUCGGGACCCCGGCACUGUGCGCGGCAGUCACGGCCCUGCAGAACUAUCUGACCGAGGCUAUCAAAGCCAUGGACAAAAUGUACCUCAACAACAACCCCAACAGUCACUCAGAUAACGGCACUAAAGGCGGAGACAAAGACGAGAAGCACAGAAAGUGA